GGCGCGGAGCAUCGUGGAGUGUACGCGUCAACGUGCGGGUCCGCGGACCGUUCACUGAUCCGCUGGAUCCUUCCCUCUUCUUUUUGUUCAUCACUUUGUCCUCCUACCCCCCUCAUGGUCACCCUCAGCGGGCUGCAGGAGACAUGUGGAAGACUUGUGGAAGCGCGCGGCGCGUAACACUCGUAGUGUGCAUGCUGCUGGCUCUGUGCACGGAGGUGUCGUGGUCCACAGGUUACUUUGAGCUCCAGUUGCUGUCAGUUGACAAUCCCAAAGGUCAGCUGCAGAGUGGCGAAUGCUGCGACGGGGGGCCGGACGCCGAACAAGGCCGCUGCGAUGCGGACGAGUGCGACACAUACGUGCGUGUGUGCUUGAAGGAAUACCAGACUGAGGUCAGCAGCAGCGGAACGUGCACAUACGGCUCGGAAACUACCAAGGUGCUCGGUGGGAAUACUUUUCAGUUCCGGGGCGGACAGAGCCGGAACCAGGACGCCGGGAGGAUCGUCAUCCCUUUCCGGUUUGCGUGGCCGCGAGCGUUCACGGUGAUUGUGGAGGCGUGGGACCAGGAUAACAGCACACACAGCAAAGAUGACGAGUUGCUGAUCGAGCGCAGCGUCCACAAAGGAAUGAUCAAUCCUGGCGAGGAGCGGCAGACGUUGGAGUUUAAAAGCUUGAGCACCAGGUUGGAGUACAGCAUCCGCGUGCGCUGCGACGAGCACUACUAUGGGAGCAAGUGCAACAAAGUGUGUCGCCCCCGUGACGACUACUUUGGACACUACGUGUGCGACCAGUUUGGGAACCAAGGCUGCAUGGAAGGCUGGACCGGCCCCGACUGCAAGACUGCCAUCUGCAAGCCGGGAUGCAGCCUCGUGCACGCCACGUGUGACGUCCCCGGCGAGUGCACGUGUAACUACGGCUGGCGAGGCCCAUUCUGUGACGAAUGUUUGCCAUAUCCGGGAUGUGUGCAUGGCACCUGCACCAAGCCCUGGCAGUGCACGUGUGAGAAGAACUGGGGAGGCCUGCUGUGUGACAAAGAUCUAAACUACUGCGGGACCAAUCGGCCGUGUAAGAACGGGGGCACGUGCAUGAACACAGAACCAGAUGAGUACAACUGUGCCUGUCCAGAUGGCUACUCAGGCAAGAACUGCGAGAUCGCUGAGCACGCUUGUGUUUCCAACCCCUGUGCCAACGGGGGGACUUGCCAUGAGGUCCAGUCUGGAUUUGAGUGUCUCUGUCCCAAUGGCUGGUCUGGACCCACCUGUGCUAAAGACACUGAUGAAUGUGCAUCCAGUCCCUGUGCUCAUGGCGGGACGUGCAUCGACCAGGAGAACGCCUUUGAGUGUCUCUGCACCCCCCAGUGGACGGGACAGACUUGCCAAAUAGACGUUAACGAGUGCGCGGCCAAGCCUUGCCUCAAUGCUUACUCUUGCAAAAACUUGAUUGGUGGAUAUCACUGUGCCUGUUUUCCUGGAUGGGCGGGCCACAAGUGUGACAUCAACGUGAACAGCUGCCAUGGACAGUGUCAGAAUGGAGGCAGCUGCAAGGAGGCGACCAGGGGCUACCAGUGUGUCUGCCAGCCCGGCUUUGUGGGUCGACACUGCGAGCUCCAGAGAAACCGCUGUGCCAGCGCUCCGUGCAGGAACGGCGGCCGCUGCCACAACCUGCUGGACGGAUUCACGUGUGAAUGUCUGCCGGGGUUCUCCGGGAGAAGCUGUGAGCUGCAGAAGGAUCCAUGCAGUCCAAACCCAUGUCACAACAACAUCCAGUGUCAUACGCUGAUUGGGGACUUCUACUGCAGAUGUCCUGAGGACUACGAGGGAAAGACCUGCUCACAGCUGAAGGACCACUGCAAGACCAACCACUGCCAAGUGAUUGACAGUUGCACGGUUGCCGUGGCCACCAACGACAGCCAGAAGGGUGUAUGGCACAUUUCGUCCAGCGUGUGCGGACCUCAUGGACGCUGCAUCAGCCUCCCUGCCGGGAACUUCAGCUGCUCCUGCCAGCCUGGAUUCACUGGAACCUACUGCCACCAGAACGUCAACGACUGUGAGUCAUCUCCUUGUCAAAAUGGAGGAACCUGCAUCGACGGGAUCAACUCCUUCCACUGCUUCUGCCCGGCCGGCUGGGAGGGGAAUCUGUGCCAUAUUGAUGUGAACGAGUGCAGCAGGAAGCCGUGUGAGAAUGGAGGUGUGUGUGUGGACCUCCUCAAUGACUUCUACUGCGACUGUGUGGACGACUGGAAAGGAAAAACCUGCAGCUCACGUGAGAGUCAGUGCGACUCCAGCACCUGCCGCAAUGGAGGAACAUGUUACGACCACGGAGACUCCUUCCUGUGUCGCUGCCCAUCCGGCUGGGACGGCAACACCUGCAGCAGAGCCAAAAACAGCACAUGUGAGUCAGGACCGUGUGAGAAUGGCGGGACGUGUGUGGGGGUAGAAGACACCUUCUCGUGUAUCUGCAGAGAUGGAUGGGAGGGGUCCACCUGUGCACACAACGCUGACGACUGCAGUCCACAUCCCUGCUACAAUGGAGGCAAAUGUGUGGACGGCGAGAACUGGUUCCGCUGUGAAUGCGCCCCCGGCUUUGCCGGACCGGACUGCCGCAUCAACGUGGAUGAGUGUCAGUCGUCUCCCUGCGCUGAAGGUUCCACCUGCAUCGAUGAAAUCAACGCCUUCCGCUGUCUUUGUCCUCCUGGACACGCUGGGCCUCGGUGUCAGGAGUUUGCGGGUCUUGGCAAGUCGUGUCAUCAUGCGGGUCUUCAGUUCCCACAUGGAGGUCGCUGGGACGAAGACUGCAACACUUGUCAGUGUGUGGAUGGCUUUGUCCACUGCUCAAAGGUGAUGUGUGGUCGUCGGCCCUGUCUGCUCCCGACAGCUUCCCCUCCUCCUCCGCAUCCCCAGAACCGUCCGCCCUGUCCCGGUGGCCACGAGUGUGUGGGCCACCGGUUCCUCACCUGCUUCUCACCGCCUUGCCACCAGUGGGGUGUGUGCUCCACCCCAGACCCGCCUACACCCGUGCACACGCAGUGCGAGCCCAACAGCGGUUACCUUGAUGAGAGCUGCGCUCGUGUCACGCUUAUCUUCAAGAAGGACAAAGUGCCACAGGGAACCACGGUGGAGAACAUCUGCUCCGAGAUCCGCUACCUUCCCAUCACUCAGAUUCUGGCCCAAGAGCGAGCGCUGCUCAUCCUCUGUGACCUGUCCUACACCAACAGUGACGCGGUGGAGGUUGCCAUGUCCUUCCAGGAGGAGGUGCGCACCAAGGUCCGAGAGCAUGGACAGAUCCAAAAGGCAGCCAGUGCCGUGAUCGGGGCGCUGUCCAAGCGCCACAACAGCAGCGUCAUGUUGGCCGUGGUGGAGGUCAAAGUGGAGACGAGGGCGGACGCCCCAGCUGUGGGCUACGUGGUUCCGCUGCUGUGCGUGCUGUUCUGCGUGGUGUGGGUUUCGUGCAUCGUUGUGUGCGUCUGGUGGACUCGCAAGAGGAAGAAAGAGCGAGAGAGGAGGUCACGCCCAGAAGACGGGACCGUCAACAACCGCCUGGUGCCUCAGCGGAGUCCCGCCCCCAAAGACAACUGCGACAAAGACAUUCAGUAUGAAUGCAAGAAACUGAUGGGCCCGUCGGAGCGGGUGUGCGACGGCGCCGAGGCCAAUAGCGAGCACGAGGAGGAGGACGAGGAGAGGACGCUAGGUGUGGAGGACAGGUGUCCGCCGCCAAAGUGCUCAGCAGGGGGCGCAUGGGACAAGGGGGUGAUGGGUAAGGGCGGGGUCAUCUGCACCAUGCGCAGUGGGCCGGUCAAAGCGCCGCACCGGACCGCCUACAGCCCCAAGGACAACCGCUGUAAAAACCUCAACGCCGCCAAGCUGGGCGAGGACAUCAAAGACCACUACGUAUGAGCACACCACAGGGGGCGGAGCCCGACUAUCUGCAAUGUGGCAGGAAGUGAAGAUUUGAACGUGUGCUUUUUGCAGCUAUUCUUCAUGUUUGACUGGCAGCUUAUCUUUCUAUUGGUCCUUCUUGCCUUAGCCCCACCCACUGGGCCUCUUUUCUACACUGGCCUGGCUUUAUCUGGAGGACAAAAAAAAGACACAUUUUUAACUACAGUCCACCUGGCACAAGCUUGUUUACAUCCAGCAACAUAUGUUCCAUCUACCCUUUCAAAUCAAUGCUCUCAACUUCCUGCAUCAGUUAGUUUCAGAGUAAGAGUGCCUUCAGCUUGAUUGAAUAACAAACAAAUCCCCGCGAAACGCAGUUGGACAUGUUUGUACAUACAUUUGUAAAUAUCAGCAAUGUGUACAUUUUACUUUGGUAACUUAAUGAACGCUUCCUUUCCAUGUACAAUUAUUAUGAAUAUUAAGAUUAGUACUACAUGAUUGUUUGCUUCCUUUGAAAAUGAUGUCAUUCCUCUUAUCACUGGCCACACACUUAGAUGCACGUUACACACAUAAACCACAGACGGGACUCGUGUGUUGAACAGGUGCUACAGCCGUGGUGCAAAUGUGUUACAUGGGUGUAACAUAGACGUUACGUGGAUGUUACAGUACGUGUGUGGUACACAGGCAUUACAGGUGUGGCAAAUGUGUACCACAGGCGUAACAGGUGUUACAAAUGUGUUCCACCGGCGUUACACAAGUGUACCUGCAAUACAUGAGUAUUGCACAGGCAUUUCAGAGGUGUGAUAAGCAUUACCCUGCUGUUGCAGAUGUCUUACGUAUGUCUUACACAGCAGUUGUGGUGUAACAUGAACAGGACUCGAGCGUAACAGGUGCGACACGUGUGACUCAAGUGCUACACAGGUGUUACGUAGAUGUUACAAAGGUGUAACACUGUUGUGAGUGUUGCACAGGCAUUACACGGGGGUGACAAAUGUUACGCUGCUGCUGUUAUAAAUGUGUAAAAUGGACCUUCCACAGGUGGAACAGAUGUUACGCAGCUAUCAUACUAAGGUUACCAAUGUUUUACACCAGCGUUACACAGGUGUAACAUAAACGUGACUGAAGUGUAACGCAGGUGGUACACACGUUUGCGUGAGUGUGCUGGUUACUGGUGUUGGUUAGUAAAUCCAUCGGAAACGUGAGACAUUGUAACGUGCACCAGUGCAACACCACAAAAGUCCCAAGUAGGCAACAUGGCAGCAGUCACAUGACCACUACUAAUUUGUGCCCUCUGAACACUAACAUUAUUUUUGUAAGCUAGCACUAGAAAGCGAGGAUGAAAGUUGUACUGUCAUCUUCUCCGCAUGGACGUCUGCUGUCUACAAGUGUCAGUCACUCCUGGCUCAGCCCCGCCUCUCGCCGUGAUGGUCUAAUGAAGGGAACAAGCUGUGUUGUCAUUCGUGCACUGAAGAACACCGGCUAGUGCUUAGCAUUAGCAUUAGCUAGUGGGUCAGAGGUCACUCUUUGUCAGUCACAACGAGAGGCAGAGUGUGCUUCUAGAACUUUGUCAUCAUUUUGUACAAAAAUGUUGUUGGUUUGUUAGUGGAACUUUUGUUUGAACAAUCGUAUUAUUUAUUAAAGUAUUUUAUACCAUG